AUGGCUGCGCAGGCGUACGUAUCGGUGACGACAGUGCUGCGGGAAUACGCCUCGGACGGCUCCUUGCAUGGCGUCCGCUACCUGGACCCCAAGCGGUGCAGCGCGGCCGCCAGGCUGUGCUGGCUGGUUUCGGUGGCGGCGUGCGCCGCGACGGCCGGCCUGCUGGUGUCUGCGACGUGGCGCCGCUACGGCGACUCCCCCACCGUGACGCAGGUGGCCGACACCGACUACCCGCUGCACCUCGUGCCCUUCCCCGCCGUCACCGUCUGCCCGCCAACCAGCGCCUUCAAGGGCGCCGGCGAGGAGCUGCUGGCCAGGCACCUUGGAGUGUCAGAGGUUAACAGCACAUUAGGACGCCAGCUUUCUGCCAUCAUGUCUGCGAUCUGCCUCAUUCAGUACCCAUACUACCAUCGAAUACAGGACGCCUUGGAUGAAGCAGGCACUGCCGUACACCUGUUCGAAGACCUCAACAUCACCUCGUUAAUGCUGCAGGCAUUGCCGCCAGUUGAUGAAGUCUUCGAGAAAUGCUAUUGGCAGGGCCACCGUUUCAACUGCUCGAGUCUGUUCUUCCUGCAGCGGACAGAGAUCGGCUUUUGCUACGCAUUUAACUCACUCACAUCGGAAAACAGGAGGCACUGGUAA